UGGUAUUCGGUGUUGGAGAUCACUCAUAAUGCACCCGUUGGUUUGCUCAUUUGCUCGUCUCUUGCCUGCUGCGUCCUACCGCACAACCGCGCAACGCACACUCGAGCAUUUAUACGGUGCAUCAUGCGUGAUACCUGCCCUUGAGAUUGGCCGUCGCAAACUACGAAAAUUGUAUGUCAAAGAAGGUGGAGAAUUGGACGGAAUCCGAAGUUCUAAGCGGGGAGACAGGUCAAACAAGUGGGUGGAACUGGCUCUGCAACUAGCACAACGGCGAGAAGUGACUGUCUCCCGAGUUCCCGCGUCCCGACUGGACGCUUUAUCCGACGGAAGACCGCAUCAGGGUCUUGUAUUGGCGGCCGCUCCGCUUGAAUGUGUGCAGCUACGGCACCUGGGAUGUUGGCAGAAUGAAGGGGAUAGCGACUCCAGAUAUUCGGCUGUGAUCACCAAACGUGAAUCACUUACCAUUCCUUUCUCGUCGCGAGAGGGGCGGAGACGGCAUCCGAUAUGGUUAGCUCUUGACCAGAUUGUAGAUCCACAGAAUUUGGGUGGCAUCCUUCGGUCCGCACAUUUCUUUGACAUUGACGGUGUCAUUCUAACGGACCGCGAAACUGCCCCGUUCAGUCCGUUUGUCUCCAAAGCAAGCGCGGGAGCUCUCGAAGUGAUGGAUCUAUAUAUCACACCCAGUCUUCCUAAAUUCCUUGAAUCUUCCGCUGAAAACGGAUGGCAUAUUUAUGGUACAGAUAUCCACUCUGACAAUACAAUCUCUUUAAGCGAAUACAGCCGUGCCAAGCACUCUGGUCUCGAGGUUCCUCCAUUGAUACAUAGUCCGACGAUUCUAGUACUUGGAAGCGAAGGGAAGGGUAUGCGUCCGGUAGUAUCAAAAGCAUGUCAUGAUCAUUUGGUUAUUGGGGAUCAGGUUGAGGAUGAUGAGGACGCAAAAGGAGGUGGAAAGUACACAGUAGACUCGUUAAACGUGAGUGUAGCGGCGGGGAUUUUGAUGCACACAUUGGUAUCGGCGUAGUAUUGCGCGACAACCCAG